AUGGAGCGGCAGGCGUUGGGACACAGGGUGCGAGCGAUACGCGCGCUCAACGACAAGCUGUCUGCCGGGCGGCUGAGCAAGGUCGACGGGGACGCGGCGUUUGCGGCGAUGAUGGCGUUGACGUUCCAGGCUGGGUACAUGGUGGACGGAAUGGGGGACUUUGUGGCCAUGGUUCGGGGGUGCCAUGUCGUCGCCGACAACGCGAUGCCCUCGUUCCCCGACUCUGCGUUCCGCGGGUUCUCGGGCCCGGGCUACGUCUCGGGCUUCCGGUCCCUGCUGCAGCCGGAUCAGCAUCCCGGCAGACUGCACAGGCUGGAAGACGCCAGAGAGGCAGAGCGGCGGGAGGUUCUGGACGGGUUCGUGGGGAGUCUGCGGGACGUCGGGGCGCUGUGCGGGAGCGUGUGCGAGGUUGAGUAUCUGGCGGGGAUGAAGAGGGUUGUCGGGCUUGCGAUUGCCGGCUCUGAGGAUGCGUAUUUCGAGUUCGCGGCAAUGUACAACCGCCUCGGUGAGAUGAGCAGCGACGACUUCGUGCGCUUCAGCGCGCCCGGGAACCACGCCGCGCGGAUCCUGCUGGGUCACUUCUUCCUGCUCGCGCAGGUGGUCGAGAUGAUCAACCACCGCAGGGGGCGGAGCCGCGAGGGACAGUUCCGGGCGAGGGUGACGCUGGCUUGGCUGGAGGGGAUCGAGGAGGGGCUGCCGGGGGAGUUGAAGGGAUUCUCAAAGGCCUCUACCACAACUGCCAUGGUCCGACGUCAGCAACUUUCCAGCAGCCAAAUCAAAACAUCAUACUAG